AUGGGCAACAUCUUGCCAUUUCCAUGUCUUGGGAGGGAAAGAGACACUUCCUUGCUCCCCCACUACGCCUCAGGAGGCAACUCGCAACAUGGGUAUGCUCUCUCGAAGAACGAUCGAUUUCGCAUGGAGGACGCCGUAUCCAUCUGUGACAACGUCGCAGGCCAUGCCUGCUUCGCAGUCUUCGACGGGCAUGGAGGCGAAAUGGCAACUGUACUUGCGAAAGGGAAUCUGCCAACUCAGCUUGAAGAUCACCUAACAGACGAGAAAGCAUCUGGCAAGGAGGAAGCUGCCAAGAGGGCAUUCAUGGCAGUGGAUGACAUGAUGAAGAUGCAGCUUGUAGAUGAAGCCAAAGUGCUUCCAUCCGGCACAUCGUCCGGCACGGUGGCAUGCGUCGCUCUCCUUAAGGCGGAAGAGCUAGUUAUUCUGAACGUGGGGGACUGUCGAGCAGUUCUAUGUGAAGAUGGCAAAGUGACGACAACGACCGCAGACCAUUCCCCGGAGAAGAACAAGCUGGAAAAGCAACGUUUGAAAGAGCUCGGGGUCAGCGUCGAGGGCGGAUACGUGGAUGGAAAAGUUCAAAUUUCUCGGGCUUUUGGAGAUAUUGUUGGCGAGACUGGGAAGAAAGUUCCGGGCAUUAUCUGCACGCCGGAAGUCUUUUUCGUAAAUGUCAAAGACACUACGGAGUUCUUGCUUCUUGCUACUGAUGGUAUUUGGGAUGGUCUGCGCGACCAGACAGCCAUCAUCACAGCCCGAAAAGUCCUGCGGGAGACACGGUCCCCUGAAGCUGCUGCUAAAGCCGUCUUGGAAGCAGCAGCAAAUGUAACGACGGCCGAUAAUUCUGCCGUCAUCGUUGUGGCCCUCAACAUCCCCGAGCCUCUGCCAAAGCGUGAUGCAGGGCAGCGGCGCUUUCAGUUUGCUUCCAAGAAGGACUGA